CAGCCAUCAAGAGCGGGUGUACGAGGAGAGUUUUAGAGUUGUCGAGUCCAUGAUAUAAUGCGUGAUAUUACAAUUUCGAUUUCUAGAGAGGAAAAUUUUGUAUUCUUACCUAGGGGCACUGACUAUGAAGCAGUACAGGGGAACACUCGGCACAUAGCAUUUCAGGGGAGUAAGUAUUGCUCUAAGAUAAGCUUUGACUGGAGCAUUAUACGGUCAUUAACUAUGUUUGCCGAGAGGCCCGUAGAACUAGAGCAUUCAGUUUGUUCAUCUCAGUUGAGGAUGUUACGGGUCUUGGAUCUAAGAGAUGCACAAUUUACUAUCACACAAAAUGAUGUCAACAAUAUAGUGCUCUUGUGCCACUUGAAAUACCUACGCAUUGCAAGAUACAAUAAUGCAUCAUAUAUUUACUCACUUCCAAAAUCCAUAGGAAGACUGGAUGGUCUGCAGACAUUGGACUUGGAUUCGACGAACAUUUCAACACUGCCAACUCAGAUUACUAAGCUUCGGAGUCUCCGGAGCCUUAGAUGCAUGAAGCAAUAUGAUUUUUCUUCUUUCACAACAUGUUUAACUGACACAUUGUGCCUGCCCAUGAUAUUCACACCUUCCGUUAGUACCUCUGAUCGUGCUGAAAAAAUUGCUAACUUGCACUUGGCCACCAAAAGCUUCCGUUCAAAAUCAAAUGGCGUCAAGGUACCAAAAGGAAUAUGUAGGUUGAGAGACUUACAAAUAUUGGGGGUAGUGGAUAUUAGAAGGACUAGCAGUAGAGUAAUAAAAGAGUUGGGGCAGUUAAGCAAGCUGAGGAAACUAUAUGUGGUAACAAAGGGAUCUACAAAGUUAAAAUGUGAGAUACUCUAUACAGCCAUCCAGAAGCUCUAUUCCCUACAAUCUCUCCAUAUGGAUGCUGUGGGAUGCACAGGUAUUGGAACACUUGAGUGCCUAGAUUCUGUUUCAUCGCCUCCUCCCCUAUUGAGGACACUCAGGUUGAAUGGAAGUCUUGAAGAGUUGCCUAACUGGAUUGAGCGGCUCACUCACCUGAGGAAAUUCUACUUAUUGAGGACCAAACUAAAGGAAGGUAAAACCAUGCUGAUACUUGGGGCAUUGCCCAACCUCAUGCUUCUUCAUUUUUGUCACAAUGCUUACCUUGGGGAGAAGUUAGUAUUCAAAACAGGAGCAUUCCCAAAUCUUAGAACACUUGUGACUUUCAAUUUGGAUCAGCAAAGAGAUAUUAGAUUUGAGGACGGCAGCUCACCCCAAUUGGAAAAGAUAGAAAUAGGCAGGUGCAGAUUGGAAUCAGGGAUUAUUGGUAUCAUUCACCUUCCAAGGCUCAAGGAGAUUUCAGUUGAAUACAAAGGUAAAGUGGCGAUGCUUGCUCAGCUGGAGGGAGAAGUGAACGCACACCCAAAUUGUCCCGUGCUGCGAAUGGCAAUGGACCGAAGUGAUCACGAUCUUGCUGGCAACGCCAAAGGAUCUCCUCCCUAAGCAGGAGGGAGACAGCUCGCAAGUAAUCAUGUUGACAACAAACGACAGAGAACAGAUAUGCAUAGCUCAAGGUGGUUUGAUCAAGUGAUCAUCUCCUCCAUUGGCACCUCCGGUCGUCCCUGCUUCUGCGGCUGCGCACACCUCGCUGUUCCAAGGAGGGGUGCUGACAUAAGGUCAGGGUUUGAAGUUUCGGUUCGAAAUUUCACCCCCCCCCCCACCGAAAUGCUCACAUCUCGCCCGAAAUUUUCGGUUUUUGCCAUUUUUUUGUGAAUUUGGUCAAGUUUUAUUCAAAUUCAUUCAAAAUCAGUCAAAAUUUCAAAUAAUUUCGUACGAAAAAUUCUGAAAUUUCCAAAAUUUCGGUUCUUUCGCUCACCUCCGGUAGAAAACCAAGUUUCGAAAUUUAAAACCCUGCAUAAGGUGGCUUCCACUUUCUUCCAUCGCGUCUCACUCUCUCGAUUCUUCCCUCUCGGGUAUGAAUGGUUCAAUCUGAUCUUUUCUCGCGAUAUGCUACUGGUUCCAGCAUGAGCAUUUGAACCAGCAGCUUAGAAUUUUUCAUUUGAUCAGGUGUUUUAUUUCCACUUCUUACCUGGGCAGUCUACUUUUCCAAUUCAUCCAGAACAGAAACCAUGUUUAUUACACUAUAGAGGGGAACAGCAUUUCAGGCACGAUUGUGGUUUUGUUAUUUCCAUUUUGGUGUGCACACGAGGUGUUUGCUAUAAUGUCUGAAAGAGCUUGUGUAUACAUGGUUGGUUCAACAUUAUGUGUUAGUCAUAUUUUAUAUCGUUGCUGACCUAUCACAUAGUGCAGGAGUAAAAUUUUUGCUAUCUUUAUUGUUACCUGCUGUUUAUUUUCCUUUUCGUAAAGAAUAUUAGCUUUUUGGAUAACGAAAAGAAUAUUAUGUAUCCUGCAAAAAGGUUUGAUUUGAUGGUCACUGGCUAGUACAAAAGCAAAGAGAGAUCAGACAAAACAAAGUUGUGGUUACAUUAGCUCA